AAAGCUGCACACAGCCUGGCCACGGGACGCAGCAGGAGGGAGGGAAACGUGCAGGCGGAGUAGAGCUGGGGAGUGCUCUGCCCCGGGAAACACUCUCUCACAAGUCUUUUCGCACGAGCAAGCGGGCAAAGAAGGGCAAGGAGGAAAGGCUGGUACCAUCACAGGGGCAUUCAGGGUGCCACCCAGGGUCAACGCCUCACCACUAAGGGAGGGAGAGAAGGAGUCACAGGAGAAGCCUAGUGAGCAGUACCCAGUGUCCACAAGCUGGCAUUGAGUCUCUGGUUGGCACACAUCAUGGGAGGAGGACACACCGACCCUGAUGGUGUUAUCAAAGACAAGGAGCGCAAAAUGGAAGAUGACCUAAGUAUUUCACGACCAGGACACUGUGCAUACCUGGGCUCACUCCUCUGGGAGCGCACUCUGCCCUACAAUGAGAUUGAAUAUGUUGACUUGGACGAAUUUUUACUGGAAAAUGGCUUGCCCCCAAGCCCAGCCCAUCAACCCUUUUCACCAAGCAGCCAACCCACUCCUUCACCUUCCAGCGGAGUUGUCGUGGACCUUAGCCGUCCGGCUUCUUGCGCAUCGUCGUCUUCUGUCUGCUCUUCCUCCGGUGAAGGCCUAGUGGGUAGCGAUUAUGACCACCACUGCAGCAAGACAGGUCCCAUCACCCCUGUGUCCCGAAGCACGCCCAGCCCUGUGGACCCCGAGGCAGUGGAGGUCCUCAUGAACUUUGACCCUGACCCAGCGGACCUGGCACUGUCCAGCAUCCCAGGACACGAGACCUUUGACCCCCGUAAACAUCGGUUCUCUGAAGAGGAGCUGAAGCCCCAGCCCAUCAUGAAAAAGGCCCGGAAAAUACAAGUUCCAGAUGAGCAAAAGGAUGAGAAAUACUGGAACAGGCGCUACAAGAACAAUGAGGCAGCAAAACGCUCCCGAGAUGCCCGCCGCCUGAAAGAGAACCAAAUCACCGUGCGGGCGGCCUUUCUGGAGAAGGAGAAUGCUGUCCUCCGCCAGGAAGUGGCUAAUAUCCGCCAGGAACUGACCCGCUACCGCAGCAUCCUCUCCAAGUAUGAAUCUCAGCAUGGCACCUUGUAAAACCCAUGGCAAGGAUGCUGCGAUUUUCUCUACCGUCCCACCAUUGAAGUGGUGGUGGGGCCACCCUGGUUUUUCAACCCUGACCCCCGUCUUCCCGAACCGGGCAAACAAAUAAUCAAACAACAGAUGUUUGGAACGAGGGGGAAAAGGUCCGAAGCGGGCGAAUUCCCCUAUGCGGGGACUACCGUGGUCCGGGUGCAGGACAGAAGGGAUAAGACUUCGUAGGGUUGGCACGCGCUGACCCUUUGCUAAGACGAGGGCAGUGACUUCGAGAUGUUGAACUUGGGCAUCGUAGGCACACGGAAAACACACCGCAAAAAAACCAACAACACAAGGGCUCUAUAGCACGCUGGAAGAUGUAUUGCACACACACACACAUACACACACACACACACACACACACACUGUCUAACAUACAUACACUAGAGUUUGGCUUGUUGGCAGACUUUUCUAUCUUAAAUGACAGAAUUCAACUGCAGAUUUCCGCAUCUGCUCACUUCUGUCAUACGUGGCAUUUCGGCCGGUGACCCGUCUGGCCCCAGGAGGUGUCUGGCGUGUCAGGACGGCUGGGUUCGUUUUCUUUCUUGCUGUCUCUUUGACAGCUGGUGCAUCUUUUUUACAGCAGGUGUUUGCACACAACUUACCCAUCCCUUCUUCCCUUUCCCCUUUGACUUCUUGUGCGAGGCAGCACUUGAGGAUUUGGAAAUUGCAAUCAGCUGCCCAAUGUGAACCUUGGGACCUAGGUGUUCUGGGCUCCCAUCUCACCCUGUUGAACCAUGAGGUCCUACCAAGCCCUUCAUUAGAGAACCCAGGAGUCCUGGCACCCUGAAAAAGAGGACAAGGAGGAGUUGUUUCUUUUGAUGCCAGUAAAUCUCUUCUGCCUACAAAAUGCCAAAUUUAGAACAGCAAAAGAGUUGCACACUUAUAUUUUUUCCACAAUUGAAUGAAAGGAGCUUUGUGUCAGAGGGCAGAUAUAGGGGCUAUUAGUUCAACUAUUCCAGUUUUCUUACUAUGAUACCUUUUUUUUUAGUUCAAAAGCAAGUGAUGGUUUCUGUUCCCCCCUGCCUUCCUCAUGUUUUGUCUCCAGCACUGUCUGAUGUCAUCAUAUGUACAGAAACUCGAAACACAAAACCUCAUUGGUGACCCUCCAUAAAUAUGAACAGAUAUAUAUAUAUAAAUAUAUGAUUUUCUCUUUUUUGUAAAAACAAACAAUAUAUAUAUAUAUAUAUAUAUAUAUAUAAAGAGAGAGACUCCAGGAGAGACUUGAGAGAUUAAACUUUGUUCUUCUAUAGGGGAAAGGAUGGUUCUUUCGUACAGAAAGGGAAUGGGGAAAUAAUGAUCUUAUCUCCUUUGGGGAGGUUCCUGGUCUUUUUAAUUUUCCAUGUAAUAAGUAUUGCUGCGGACUUUUGAAAGAAAUUGACAACGGUGGGAGACUUUUUCAAAAGGAUGUUUACAAUUGUAUACUGUGAGCAAUGAGGAAUAAAGAAAGACAGGAUUAAAAAAAAGAAUACCUAGACUUCUUUUAUGUUUGUACUUAUGUGUCUGUGUGUUGAUACAGUCCGAAAUCGAAUUCUUGGGUUGGAGAGACACCGAACCAAAUUAAUAUACAUUGAGUGACUUGCCAAGUCAAU